UCACGCGGCGGGUGCGCACGAGCCUUUCGGCUGCGGCACUUCGGUCUUUUUUACCUUUGCCGUCAGUCGCUCGUUCAUUUGGCGGCUGAGUGAGUGGAUGGCGGAGUGUCCUACCGGUUCUUCCUCCCAUGGAACCCUCUUCGAAGCUGGAAUUUUCAGAGUUCGUUAACCACGAAAGUCGUGGUGUCAAUGUGGCUGACCGCAUCAUCAUGUGGUGGUAACUACCAGCAGGGACCUCUGUGGUCUCUGGCUCACCCUAGACACCUUCAGGAUGAAGUAUAUCAAAGCCAUUACAGUUCCCCAGGAAAUCCAAGUGUGGUUUCAGGGGGAACUCGAGAGCAGAGGAAUUGACACUGUGUACUCUCACACUGUGAUGAGUAUUCUUCUGCAUCCUGACAUAGAACCAGGACAACUUGGUGAACUAGGAAGCCGUGUUGCGGCAGUGGAGUGUCUUAGGUCGGCGACAGAGCAGAAGGCAGGUCUUGAAGCGCUUGUGGAUGAGCUCUGCAGACGCUUAAACAACCACUUGCACCCAGAGUCUGAGGAAGGAGCUGUCGCAGCCGCCCCCGAGGAGGAAACAUUUAACCAUAGGUCUCCAAGGGAACUUGCACAGUUGUACUACGCUGCCUUUCCGGCCCUUGAGAACAGUCCCCAGGUGCAGGCGCAGCGGGUUUCUUGGGAUGGCCGCCACAUCAUAGAACUGCAUGAGCGUGAGCAGCAAAAUGCACAAUGUGCAAACUGGGAAUUGAUGCAAGAACAGCAACUGCGGAGCAAGCUUGACAGUCCCAGUUUGGUUGCUAUAUGGGGCCGCCAGACAUCGGCAGCCUUAGAAACUCACAUUUUUGAUGGCUUCAAUUCCGUCUGGGCACUCAGUGGAGAGGACAAACAUAUGCUCAAGGUAUUGUCGCGCACCAGUUGCGAAGGGGAACAGCCAAUGUGCGCUGAACGUUUUUGAAGAUACCGUCGAGCUUAGGGUGUGAACAGUGGUCAGAUCAAAGUGUUUUUAGUCAGCUUUUGGGGGGUUGAGCAGUGGAUUUUUCUAUCCGUGAGUACAUUAAGUGUGUGAAUGUGCAAUAUGUUCGCGUGUAAGUGUGUGGCUUGGCCUCACAUCUUGGAUAUCUUGAAGUGUUCCCCUUUGUAGUUAUAGCCUUUCCCCACCCUCUACCCCUCCCCGACCUAAACUAUUUUGCCUGGAGUCUUCGUAGUUCUUUUGUUGUUAAGAAAGUGAUUUGUUGUAAUUCAUAUUAAUGUGCCCAAGUACAAACUAGAUUGCACUUGUAUAAGGUGUUUUAUUAUUAUUAUUAUUCUGAAAUAGAAAGAUCUGUUUAAAUCAUGCAUACAAGAUUAUUUUUCUUUGUUCACAACAGUUACUUUGUGGUCCAGUGUUUGAGCUUGUGGCAUUUAAUUUAAUCUUGUCAGAUUAUGAGGGAAUUUUUUUGCAAUCCUAAAAUGAAUAGGAUAGUUUAUAUGGAUGGAUGGAUGUCUAUA